UCUAAAAAAAACUCCCUUUAUUAGGGCGACAAAUUGGGUUACUGCCUAGAGCGGCACUUUGGCUAGCGACGGCCCUGCGUUGUGGCGAUGCGAACUGGCCCCUGGCAGGGAGAUCGUAAGGGACAUCCAACCUAUUUAGUGAGAAAUGGUGGGGGAAAUGCUUCACCAGGCGGAUCGCUUUGUCUGCAGUUGUAUGUUGUAUCCAUAUUGACCACGUGUUCGCACCUGACGUUGUUUCGAUUUGAUUCGAUAUUCUCGAUUUGAUAUGACGUCAUCUGCAGAGGUAAUUGAAAUAGAAGUUCUGACAGAAAUGUUAGAGAUGUUUAAAUCAAAUACACUAUUGUGGGACACUUCUCAUUCAUUAUAUUUGAAUAAAAACGCGAGAAACCAAGCGUUUGCCGGCUUGCUUGACGUGUAUAAGAGAAUAAAACCGGAAGCAACAAUACGAGAUGUCAAGAAAAAAAUAGAGAAUAUGAGAACCACAUACAAGAAAGAGCUGAAAAAGGUCAAAAGGAUUGGUUCAGAAUCAAAAGAACAGUACGUGCCUACUCUUUGGUAUUACGAGCUCAUGCUUUUUUUGGAUAAACAAAAAAUGAUACGGUCUCGUACGGAGACAAUGGAAGAAGACGACGAAUGCGAUACGAUUAUGGAUGAUACAGAAGAUUAUGCCCCGGACGAGCGACUAACCGGAGGCCCAGCUGCUACCCUUCAGCCGUAUAGCGAUCCAUUCAACCCUUCAUCAACUCCUGCUUCUGGCUCAGUUUUAUCAAAUGCACCACCAAAGAUUUUUCCUUCAACAAACAUACCCAACCCUGCAAAAAAGACAAAGAUGUCACUGAAGGACAAACGAGAUGCACUAAUUGACGCUGCCCAAGCCUUACUUCAAGGCUCCGGUAACCAGUUCGAUUCUUUUGGAGUUAAUGUUGCCCAACAGUUGCAAAUGUUAACGCGAGACCAGCAGGCCAUUGCUCAAAAACUAUUCUCCGAUGUGCUGUUUCUUGGAAAGUUCGGCAAACUGACACCGACAGCUUCAGUUUUACCAACAUCUCCAGGCGCCUUACCCAUGCCUGUUUGUGGUCCAUCUCCCGCUGUACCUUUUUCGUGUUAUUCACAGCCCUUUGAACGUUUCAAUCAGGAAUACGACAGAUUUGCUAGUGACUCGGAUCUUGCUUCCCCACCGAUGUCUUAUCACGGAUCUACGUCAUCACUGACAAUCCCUUCUCCAGGACCCAGGAUCAUUCCCUCCACCACGCCACAAGAGGAUCAUUCAACAUCAACUCAUAACCUUAUCAAAAUUGAAGAAUAUGAUAUUAAGGAAUGCAUCAAACCACAAAUUUCUGAAUAAUCUCACUGAUUUGUUAUUGUUUAUGUUUUCUUGUUUCCUAUUUUUUUUAACAUCGUUUGUAUACUUAUCCAUCAUUUUUCUAUAAUACAAAUAAAUUAGUCCAUUGGUAACACAACAACAAAAAAUUUUUUUUUGGUGCCUGGGAUUUUAGAGCUGAUAUUAACUAUAUUUGGGAUGCUUAAUUUGUACAUGCAAUCUAUUUUUCUCUAUCAGCUCUACUUUUUUAGAUACAUCAACCAA